AUGGCGACCUUUGCACGCCCAGUCGCCUCGAGCAUUGCCGGGGUUGACUUCACCGUUUAUUCCGAUGAAGAGAUCAAAAAGCUCUCAGUAAAAAGAAUUCACAAUACUCCAACUUUGGAUUCUUUCAACAACCCUGUUCCUGGUGGUCUCUAUGACCCUGCCAUGGGCGCAUGGGGUGAUCAUGUGUGUACUACAUGUCGUCAGAACUCUUGGUCGUGCACCGGUCAUGCCGGCCAUAUCGAGCUUCCUGUCCCGCUCUAUAAUGUCACCUUUUUCGACCAUAUCUACCGCCUCCUCCGUGCGCAGUGUGUCUACUGCCAUCGCCUACAAAUGUCCCGCGACCAGGUCAACAUGUAUACCUGUAAAUUGCGCCUUUUGCAGUAUGGCCUGACCGACGAAGUCGCCAAGGUUGAUACUAUGGGAGCAGUCAAGGGAGUCAAAUCUAAAGCUGCGAAGGCCACCGGUGAUGAAUCAGAUGAUGAGGAUGAUGACCCCGACUCUGUCAUGGAAAAGCGGAACGCCUACGUCAGCCGGAGCAUCAAGGAAGCCAAGAAAGAUGGUAGGCUAGAAGGUUUGAUGGCAGGCGCAAAGAACCCGAUCGCCGCCGAGGCCAGGCGGGAACUGGUCAAGACGUUCUUGAAAGACAUCAACGGCAACCGGAAGUGUACGAAUUGCAGCGGUAUAUCCCCUUCAUAUCGCAAGGAUCGCUACAACAAGAUUUUCCGGAAACAGCUUCCUGAGAAGUCCAAGCUUGCGAUGCUUCACGGAGGAUUCCAGGCACCCAAUACUUUGAUUCUCCUCGACCAAGAGAAGAAGGCAAAUGCCAAGGAAAAUGGCACCUUGGCCAAUGGAGUUUCUGAGGCGGACAGUGCUGUGACUGAAGUUCACGGUGCCGAGGAGGAAAUCCUUCGCGGAGCUGCCGUUACAGCGCAGACCUCGCACCCCGGGUCGACUGGCCAGGAGUUCAUGCCUUCCUCCGAGGUCUACGCUGCCAUGUGUCUUCUUUUCGAGAAGGAUGGUGAGGUUUUGCAACUUGUCUACAACUCCCGCCCUGUCCCCAAGGGAGUCAAGGUCAUCAACGCAGACAUGUUCUUCAUCAAGAGCCUUCUCGUACCGCCAAACAAAUACCGCCCUGCUGCUCAACAGGGCCCCGGCGAAAUCAUGGAAGCAGCGCAAAAUACGCCGUUCAACAACAUUCUCAAGCAGACAGAUGUCAUCAACCAGAUCAAAAAGGAGAUGCAGAAUGAGAAUGAGAAGAUCAUGAGCCGUGCGCGCAAUCUCAGUGAUCUUCUCCAGGCUAUCGUUGCGCUCCAGGACUUUGUCAACGGUCUCAUCGAUCGUGAGCGUACCUCUGUGACAGGCUCCGCCAUCGCCCAGCUUCCCAAUGGUAUCAAGCAGCUGCUCGAGAAAAAGGAGGGUCUUUUCCGAAAGAACAUGAUGGGUAAGCGUGUCAACUUCGCUGCUCGUAGUGUUAUUUCGCCCGACCCCAAUCUCGAAACCAAUGAAAUUGGUGUGCCCUUGGUAUUUGCCAAGAAGCUGACCUUCCCGGAGCCUGUCACCAACCAUAACUUCUGGGAGCUGAAGGAAGCCGUUAUCAAUGGUCCCGACAAGUAUCCCGGUGCCGCAGCGAUCGAGAACGAGAAUGGCCAAGUGAUUAACUUGAAGUUUAAGAGUUUGGACGAGCGUACUGCACUUGCCAACCAGUUACUUGCACCAUCCAACUGGCGGCUUAAGGGGACGCGGAACAAGAAGGUCUACCGCCAUCUGACUACCGGUGACUAUGUGUUGAUGAACCGACAACCGACUCUUCACAAACCGUCCAUCAUGGGCCACAAGGCUCGUGUUCUUCCUAACGAGCGCACCAUUCGAAUGCAUUAUGCCAACUGUAACACCUACAACGCCGAUUUCGAUGGUGAUGAGAUGAACAUGCACUUCCCUCAGAACGAACUUGCUCAGGCGGAGGCUCGGAUGCUGGCUGAUGCUGACCACCAGUACCUGGUUGCCACGUCAGGCAAGCCUUUGCGAGGUCUGAUUCAAGAUCACAUUUCCAUGGGUGUCUGGUUCACAUGUCGUGAUUCUUUCUUCGAUGAAGAAGAUUACCACCAGCUUCUGUACAACUGCUUGCGGCCAGAGAACUCGCACAUCGUUGGCGACCGCAUUCAAUUGGUUGAGCCUGCUUUCCGGAAGCCCAAAUUCCUCUGGACUGGCAAGCAAGUCAUCACAACAAUCCUCAAGAACAUCAAGCCCGACAACAGCGGUGGUCUCACGCUCAAGGGCAAGUCUUCUACCCCUGGUGACCGUUGGGGCAAGGGCAACGAAGAGGACACCGUCAUCUUCGAUGAUGGAGAGUACCUGUGUGGUAUCCUGGAUAAGAAGCAGCUUGGUCCCACCGCUGGAGGUUUGAUUGAUGCUGUCCAUGAAGUCUACGGCCAUACCAUUGCCGGAAAGCUGAUGAGUAUUCUGGGACGACUCCUGACUCGAUUCUUGAACAUGAGGGCUUUCACUUGUGGUAUCGACGAUCUUCGCUUGACCAAGGAGGGUGACCGCAUUCGUAAGGAGAAGCUGAGCACUGCAGCGGAAAUGGGUCGCCAGGUUGCCCUCAAGUACGUUACCCUGGAUCAGACAAAUGUACCUGACCAGGAUGCCGAGCUUAAUCGCCGCUUGGAAGAUGUGCUUCGUGACGAUGACAAGCAGAGUGGACUGGAUAGCGUGUCGAACGCCCGGUCUGCCAAGCUGUCCUCGGAGAUCACUAGCGCUUGUCUCCCUGCAGGUCUUGCUAAGCCCUUCCCGUGGAACCAGAUGCAGUCGAUGACUAUCUCCGGUGCCAAGGGUUCGGGUGUCAAUGCCAACCUGAUUUCCUGCAACCUUGGACAGCAGGUUCUGGAGGGUCGCCGUGUACCGGUCAUGAUCAGUGGCAAGACCCUACCGUCUUUCCGAGCUUUCGAAACCCACCCCGUUGCUGGUGGUUACGUCUCCGGUCGCUUCUUGACCGGUAUCAAGCCUCAGGAGUACUACUUCCACGCCAUGGCUGGUCGUGAGGGUCUGAUUGAUACUGCCGUCAAGACUUCGCGUUCCGGUUACUUGCAGCGUUGCUUGAUCAAGGGCAUGGAGGGCCUGAGAGCUGAAUACGAUUCCUCUGUUCGUGAAUCGUCAGACGGCUCUAUCGUCCAGUUCUUGUACGGAGAGGAUGGUCUCGACAUCACCAAACAGGUUCACCUCAAGGACUUCAAGUUCCUUGCGGAGAACCACCGUUCUGUUUCCAGGCAAGUCCAAGCCAGUCAUUAUCGCGACCUCGUGAAUACAGAGGCAAUGGCGUGGAACAAGGACGCGCAGAAGGCGGUACGCAAGACUCAUGACUUGGGUGCCAUGGAUCCUGCGCUGUCGAAGUUCCACCCUGGCGGCAACUUGGGUAGUACUUCGGAGGAAUUCGCCCAAGCGCUCAAGAAGUUUUCAACUGACAAUCCCGACAUGUUCAAAGACAAGAAGGACGAGGCCGAUGUUAAGGUCAACAAGAAAUCAUUCGAGGCUUUGAUGAACAUGAAGUAUAUGAAGUCUGUAAUUGAUCCUGGUGAAGCAGUCGGUAUUAUGGCUGGUCAGAGUGUUGGCGAGCCCAGUACUCAGAUGACACUGAAUACUUUCCACUUGGCUGGUCACUCAGCCAAGAACGUGACGCUGGGUAUUCCCCGUCUCCGUGAAAUUGUCAUGACAGCCAGUGCUACCAUCAUGACUCCGUCCAUGACACUUUACCCAGUCAAGGAACUCUCUAAAGAGCAGGGCGAGAGGUUCGCCAAGGGUCUCAGUAAGCUCAGCAUUGCUGAGGUGGUUGAUAAGGUGCAAGUUAAGGAACGCAUUGGCUCUGGCGUCGGCUAUGCCAAGGCUAAGAUCUACGAUAUUGAGAUCUCCUUCUUCCCAGCUGAGGAGUAUAUCAAUGAAUACAGUAUCCAGAUUGCGGACAUCUCCCGGGCCCUCGAGAACAAGUUUAUUCCUCGCCUGGUGAAGCUCAUCAAGGCCGAGCUCAAGAAGCGCAAUGAGGAUAAGACUGGCACGAAGACGUCGACUGCCCAGCCUGAGAUUGGUGUCUCAGUCGGCAGGGUUGCCGAUGGCCCCAGUGGUCCUGACCGCGCGGCAGAGCCGGCUGACGAUGACAACGAAGAUGACGAGGAUGACGCCAAGCGGGCUCGUGGUGGCCAAAACCGCAGCAACCAGGUGUCUUAUGAAGGACCUGAUGAUGAUGAACAGGAUAUCAUCCGCGGGCAAGACGAAAUCGAAGAUGAAGAUGAGGAUGAGGAGCUUGGGGAUGCUCCCGAUGACGAUUCCGAUGAUGACUCGGAUGACGAGAAGGCGCAGGAGCAGAAGCUGCGUGAGGACAACGUCAAGAGCAAGUUCCCUGAGAUCAACAAGUUCGAAUUCGACACGAAGAAGGGCACCUCCUGUACCAUUCAACUCGAGUACGACAUUGAGACGCCCAAGCUGCUUCUGCUUCCCCUGGUUGAAAGCACCUGCCAUUUUGCAGUCAUCCAGCAGGUCGUGAACCUCGGCAGCUGUCUCUACGUCGAGGGAGACGAGAUCAAGGGCGAGCCCGCGUGCAUCAUGACCGACGGUGUCAACUUGCUCGCUAUGCGUGACCACCAGGACGCCAUCAACCCGCACUCGCUCUACACCAACUCCAUCCACGAUAUGCUCAAUCUAUACGGUGUUGAAGCUGCUCGUGCCACCAUUAUCCGCGAAAUGGACUCCGUUUUCAAGGGUCACAGUAUCUCCGUCGACAACCGCCAUCUUAACUUGAUUGGUGAUGUAAUGACCCAAUCUGGUGGCUUCAAGGCCUUCAGCCGCAACGGCUUGGUCAAGGAUUCCACCUCACCAUUCGCCCGGAUGUCCUUCGAGACCACCGUUGGUGCUCUGAAGGACGCUGUUGUUGAGCGUGACUUUGACAACCUCAAGGGCCCGAGUAGCAGAAUUGUCGUCGGCCGUUCCGGUACUGUUGGAACUGGCGCGUUCGACAUUCUCGCUCCUGUAGCAUAG